CCAGCACUUACUUUAUUACUCAAUUCUUCUUAAAUAAUUUCUCAGGGCUAUCUGUUAAUUAAAUAGGAUAGCUGCUUAGCUUUCAUCCCAAAUCUAAAUUUCUUAACUCCCAAACCAACAUUGGUGUUGUUACUCAUUAACCCCUUUUUCCCCUGGAGAAAAGCCCUUACGGCACAGAGAAGUAUUCCAUCAUUUGGCUUCUCCCAACUCAGCACUCUUGACUGAAUUUCUGAGCCACCUGUCUUUCUAGUUCUGCUGUUUGGUGAACAUUUCAAAACUUCAGUUUUUAAAUCCCCCCCCCCUUCUUUUUUUAGGGCUCUUUAAUAGAGGACUUCCCAUUCUGCAAAUCUUCCCUCUGAGGUUCAACGGAAGCCAAGUACAAUGGUACAUGGUGAAGGUGGAGUCAGAUUCCAGAACUGGGCUAGAACAUAUGGAUCCUCUCCAGAAAUGCAUUUCCAGCCAACAACAGUUGAUGAGAUCAGAGAGAUCUUGGCUCUGGCCAGGCAGAAAAGCAAGAAAGUGAAAGUGGUUGGUGGUGGACACUCCCCAUCAGACAUUGCCUGCACAGAGGAUUUCAUGAUCCAGAUGGGAAGGAUGAAUAAGAUCCUUGAGGUGGACAAAGAGAAGCAGCAAGUGACAGUAGAGGCAGGGAUUUUGCUCUCUCAUCUGAACGUGGAGCUGAGCAAACAUGGCUUAGCUCUACCUAUUUUAGGAGCUGUGUCAGAUGUGGCAGCUGCUGGGGUCAUUGGAACGGGCACUCAUAACACUGGCUUCAGCCACGGCAUCUUGGCCACUCAGGUGGUAGCCAUGACACUGUUGACAGCUGCAGGGGACAUCCUGGAGUGCUCUGAAACUGUGAAUCCUGAACUCUUCCGAGCAGCCUGUGUACAUCUGGGUUGUUUGGGCAUCGUUCUCACAAUCACGUUCCAAUGCGUCGCAGAAUUCUACUUGCAAGAAACCACCUUCCCUUCUACGCUCAAGGAGGUUCUUGACAACCUAGAUAAUCACCUGAAGAAAUCUGAGUAUUUCCGCUUCCUUUGGUUCCCUCACAGUGACAACGUGAGCAUCAUCUACCAAGAUCAUACCAACAAGCCUCCCUCUUCCUCAGCAAACUGGUUUUGGGAUUAUGCCAUUGGAUAUUAUCUGUUGGAGUUCCUCCUUUGGAUCAGCGCAUUCCUGCCCUUCUUGGUAUCUUGGAUCAACCGCUUCUUCUUUUGGCUCCUCUUCACCGGCAAAGUGGAAAAUGUGAACGUGAGCUACAAAAUCUUCAACUAUGAAUGCCGAUUCAAGCAGCACGUGCAAGAUUGGGCCAUUCCCCUUGAGAAAACAAAGGAUGCUCUUCUGGAGCUAAAGGGGAUAUUGGAGACUAACCCCAAAAUGGUAGCCCACUACCCAGUAGAAGUGCGCUUCACCCAAGGGGAUGACUUCCUCCUGAGCCCUUGUUUCCAGAGGAAUAGCUGUUACAUCAACAUUAUCAUGUACAGGCCCUACGGGAAAGAUGUUCCACGCCUUAACUACUGGCUUGCCUAUGAAGGAGUCAUGAAGAAGUUUGGAGGGAGACCACACUGGGCAAAGGCCCAUACAUGCACCCGGAAGGAUUUUGAGAAGAUGUACCCAGGUUUUCAGAAGUUCUGUUGCAUUCGGGAGAAACUAGACCCCAGAGGAAUGUUUCUGAAUACUUACCUGGAGAGAGUCUUCUAUUGAAGGUUAAAGUAGAGGAAGUGGUCGUGACAUGGACAAGCCCCUUAUUAAGGAGUUCUCCAUUGGUUAUUCUUGUUGGAUGGAUAAACAUUUGCUGGGAUCUGAUGCCAAACUGAGCUGCUACGAGCACAUUGCUUUUAUAUUGCCCAUUUGUUGUUGUUAGUUGUGAAGUCGUGUUCGACCCAUCGCAACCCCAUGGACAACUUUCCUCCAGGCCUU